AUGUACUCACAAGCAGUGAUGGAGCCAAAAUCCUUAAGAAGAGAGUACAUGGACAUGUCGAAUGAAAUGAUCGAAGUGAUUGCUACCGAUGAUUUGCUUGCGGAAGCUGUCGAAGAAGUAGGUGAUUUAUCGGAGGACAGACAAUACGUUUACCAGUACGACAAUAUGGUCCAUACCCAGCAUGACCAAAACUUUAUUUUCCAGCUGUACCAACCGAUGGAAACAGAGAAUGGCACAUUUUUGUGUAGAAUUUGUAUGGAGCUUGGUGACACGAUUGAAUUUGAGACAAAGGCAGAUUACGCCCAUCAUCGUUACAAAGUUCAUGGGUCUUAUAACAAUAACCACAUAUGUCCUGUCUUACACUGCCGUGAGAUAUAUGCAUCCAUGACGGUUCUAAGAAAACAUCUUGUUAUCGAUCACAAAAUGCCUAUUGAAAUGCAUUUUCGAACAUUUGCGAACAUUGGCGAAUUCGAACGUUUCCGCCAUUUGGUCGAAAUCCUCUGUAAUUGUCGCUUCAUGAUGCAUACAAAGCAGCCGCACAAUAGGCGACAGAUUAUGCAUUGUUCAAAGAGCGAACAUAAAAUCAUCCUGCAAUCAAGAAGGCAUAAGCUGCCCCAUGUUCGAAUGAUGAAGGAAGGAGCCCAGUGUCCAGCUCACAUCUCUUUCAGAAUCGAGCCAAAGACAGGUCACGUGGAUGCAUUUUACCAACUUUUUCACUAUGGCCAUGCUCGAGAAUAUCGCGAUACCAACGAGGAAGGAUUCGAACUUGAUUGCGAUUCCUUGCCUAACCGACCUAUUGAUGUGGUCUUUCCUGAGGCACCCGAUCAUCCUGCCGAUCGGCCCAUGCAAUAUGUGCAGAUUGAUCUGCUUAAUGCUGAUAGCAGUGUUUAUGUAAAUACUAUAUAUUCGCAUAUCCUAAUAAUUACUGAUAUAAAGACUGGGUACAUUUUUGCGAAGCCUAUUCCCGAAAUUGGGCCAAGGCAGUUGCUUAUCCGAAUCCUAACGGAUAUAUUUUUGCAGUUCGGAGUACCAGAAGGCUUCAGCUGCAGUCAUUCCGUAACCUUGAUUCGUGACGUUAUCAGCGCUCUCAAUGGUAUAUUUCGAGUGAAUAUGAAAGAAAUUCUGUACGAUACACCUGAUUACAACGUGUUCCUCGAAACCCUCUAUGACCAUGCAACAUUCGAGCUUCAAAGUAAACACAGAUGGGUCGAAAUGGUUCAGUUUACCACGAUGAUUCUUAAUCAGUCAGGGAAGAAAUCCCCGUUCGAGCGUAUGUUCAAUCGCAAGCCUUACAACCUCUCUGACCACAAAAUUCCUCCUUGGUUACAAGGAGAGGAUAUCUCUGUUGAUGACGAUGAUGAACAUGUUGAUGUUGAGCGCGAUGAACAGGAUGAAGAGGAAGUCGAGAAUAGCGAGCGGUUUACGCCAGCUCCUCCACGGUAUAACGCCGGAGAUAAAGUUUAUUUACGUAAUCUCGACACUACUCCUGGACGAGGAAAUGUUCUUCCCUACUUGUACGGAUAUAUUGGCGCAACUGAUUGGGAAAAUAGCCCACAUUUCCCUUACCGAGUUCACUUUUCUAAAAGCAAGGUUCCUUGGCCAUCCGAAAGUUCUGUGAGCGCCUGGGUCAGCCCCUAUGAUGUGCUUCCUACCACACAUGAUUUGCUGGUAAUUCCAGAAGAGGAACGCCAAAGAGUUGCGUCUGCCCUACUUUGUUCGUGUGACGGAGGAGAGUACGGUUCACCAUGUCCUCUGUUUCGUAAUUACCUCUGUGGAAAUGGCAUGGCAAAAGCCUGUUGUCUGAAUACUCGGAAACCAUGCGACUACCAUUUGGAAUGCGCAGACGGGGACGAUACAUAUUACCGUAUGGAGUCGAUAGCAAAGAUGUUCAUAGAAGGGCAGCCAAGAAUGAAACAAAUCAGGUAUCAUCUUGUAUCGUGGUGUAAAUGCCUUUGAAUUGUUCACUGUUCAAGAAAUUUAUUCAACGAAUAAAUUAAGGCGCAAAAUACCAUCCCUGGCUCCAGAGAAUAGCAACAUCUCCACGGGACGCGACGAUGCUGUUGAAAUGCCUGUGUUAACAAGCGAAAGCAUUCCAGUCGUGUCAACGAUAGUCAUUGAAAACGAGGAUCGAACGUUUGUUCCAGCGCUGUCAAAAAAAUCAGACCAUAAUGCAAGCAGUUCUAAGGUGAUGACGGCUGGUCUUCCCAAGGAUCGUAUAAAAAGUUCAGAACGUCCCAUUGCUAGCCCCAAUGAGAAACCGCCAUUACCAAAAAAGUCAAGACGAGCCGUAGAAACCGAAGCUUCUGAGCAAAAACCGUCGCAAGUUUCUUCCGACCUACAACUGGAAGAUGCAUCGAAGUCACGAACGCGAAAGUCGACGAGAGCAAGCAAAACGAAGGUGUUCGAGGAUUUUGUUCCAAUUCCUUAGCAUUAGUCAUGGACAAAUUGUAUUUAUACCUAUUUGCACAAAAACUGAUCUCAGAGUCUGUACUGAUCCUUUAUUGA